AUGCAAGUCGAGGACGUGAAAGCAAACGAGAGAAGCCGUAUGAGCGAUAUCGUGGAUCUGUCUGCUGAUGAAAUUAAUGACAGCGAACUAUACUCUAGUACACCUGUGAAGAAGGCUCCAAGUAAGUCGACAAGCUUACGAAGCAAGUGGCGACGAAGCAUAUUUCAAUUAAAGGAAGGAGAGUACACGUACGGUAGAAGCAGCAAACGUCGCAUAGAGUCAUCGCCAAAAAACGAUAGAUCGAUUCGUAAAUCUAUCAAGGACAGUACAAACAAUUUGUUAAAAUACGAUAGUUCGACUCGUAAAGAGGUGGCGGAGUAUGUGCGUUAUGGCGAAGAUUCCAUAAUAGUUAAAGGAGAGUCUUUAAGCCCCGAACAAUGGAGUGACUUGCUUACGUCUGACACUUGGCUGUCUUCAGAUCAUAUUAACGCAUAUCUUUCUUUACUUAUGAGUAAUCACAAACAUAUCCACGCCUUUCCCACGUACUUGUAUGCUAAGCUAUCGACCAAAUAUGACUAUGCGUCUGUGCAAAGAUGGACAAAGAAGACAUGUAUAUUCAACAAGUCAAUUGUGUUUGUUCCAGUCAACGUGACUGAGAAUCACUGGCUUCUGGUUGUCAUAUGGAUCAAAGCUGAACGACGUGAACAGAUUGAGAUAUGGGAUUCCAUGGGAGGGGAAGAUUAUCAAAGGGAAAUCGGAGAUGUUUUGAAGAGAUAUCUCAUUGAUGAGUAUGCGAGAUAUAUGGAAGACCGUGAACAACGCAAACUCGAUGAUUACAAAAUUGAGACCGAGAUAGAAAAGUGGCCGGUGAACGUCAAGUUUGAUAAUACUCAAACUCCGCAUUCAAAACAGACAGAUGGUAGUUCUUGUGGGGUUCUUGUCUGUUUAUUCGCAAAGGCGUUGGCAGAGGGCUACAAAGAGACUGAGAUUAUAAAUAUAGCUCUUCAACGUAGUUCCGCUAAAACAUAUCGAAACGUGAUAGCAGUUGAACUAUGGGACGAUUACAAGCGAAGGACUGUGCAAGAACAUGAGAAAUACCAACUACAGGUUGAAUAG